AUGAUGGGGGCAAAUGAGAAAUGUGAUGUGUAUAGCUUUGGAGUUGUUGCACUAGCAGUAGUCAUGGGAAAGCAUACUGGAGAACUGAUAACAUCUUUACCAACAUUGUCUGCUGAUUAUCCGGUGCCAACAAAUGGGGGAGAUAGUCGGAUACCUCCUCCCUCGUCCCAACUUGAGAAACAAGUUAAGUUGGUUCUGAUUCUCUCGAGAGCGUGUUUGAACUCGAAUCCAUGUGAAAGACCAACAAUGCAACAAGUUUCAAAUCUGUUAAUGAAGGAUCUGCUUUGA